AUGGGAUGGUUGCAUGUGGAAAAACCCGCGGCCCUCCUGGCGGAGGAGUUUUCAGGGGUCGUCAUCCGCUGUGCGGAGGAAGGCCUAGGGGAGCGUCGCCCUAGGGGGUCGGGGGGGUAUGAAUGGUGGACAUCUGAAUUAGAGAAAACUCGGAAGUUGCAGUGUAAACGAAGGCGUGCGUGGCAGAGUAAAAGGCGUUUGGGAGGUAGGUCUGAGGAGAUAGCAAGAAUGGCUUUUCAUGAUAUACGUGCGAGAUACAGGAAGGUGAUGGUGGAGGCGCAGCAGUCGCAGCACAUAAGGGUCGCCAACACUGGUAAUGAGGACCCGUGGGCCUGUAGAUACAGGUUAGCCAGUGGGAGUGUGCGUCCGCCUGCUAAUGUAAUUAACGGGAUCGCCUUUGCGGGUGGGCACCCGGACCGACUGGAAGCGGCGAUGCAAAAUUUAAUGUCUACGCUCUGUCCGGAUGACAGCCCUGAUUGCGACACGGCUUAUCACCGGCAAGUCCGUUUGCUGGCGGCAUUUGUGCCGUCUGGUUGGGCUGCGCCUCCACUCACCGUUGGGGAACUGGGAGGUAUAGUCAAGGCCUUGCCUAACACAGCUCCGGGACUCGAUGGGGUAAGUGCGAGAAUCGUGAGGAAUAUAUGGAUGGCAGCACCAAGGGAACUUCACUUGGUGUAUGCUAAGUGUGUAGUAGAGGGAGUUUUUCCCAAGGUAUGGAAGGACGGAAGACUGAUUGUCAUUCCCAAGGGUAAUGACAAGCCGCUCACCGACGCCAAGGCAUACCGUCCAAUUACGCUCCUCCCUGUUUUGGGAAAAUUGCUAGAACGCGUAAUGCUGAGAUGUGCUCCUGCGAUUAGUCGUGGGAUAUCGGAAUACCAGCAUGGAUUUUCACCGGGGCGAUCUACGGUAACAGCGCUGCGUGUCUUGCUCAGCACGGCAAAGUAUUCUCGGGCAUGCUACGUGCAGGCAAUCUUUCUUGAUAUCUCCGGCGCCUUUGACAACGCCUGGUGGCCGAUGAUGAUGGUUAAGGCGAAACGAGGUGGUUGUCCACCCAACAUUUACAAAAUGCUGGUGGAUUACUUCACCUCCAGACGUGUCGGCCUUUUCAUCGGUGACCGGGUAGAGUGGAAGACGUCAACCAUGGGAUGUCCUCAAGGCUCCGUGCUGGGCCCUACACUGUGGAACGUAUUGAUGGACGACCUACUCCGACUCCCUCUGCCUGAGGGAGUAGCAAUGACCGCCUAUGCUGAUGAUGUCACUAUUCUCAUUGAAUCACAAACCAGAGCGGGCAUCGAAUCCAGGGCCCGAGUCACUUUGGACCUUGUACGGGAGUGGGGGCUAAGGAAUCAACUGGAGUUCUCCUCAUCAAAGUCGACCACAAUGACUGUUAGAGGGAAACUUCAGCGCCCCCCCGUUAUUAAACUUGGUGGAGAAUCCAUCAAGAAUGUGACCAAUACUAAGGUACUAGGCGUGGUUUUGGAUUCGGGACUAUCGUUUGUGCAACACGCGUCCGAUAUUUCUGAAAGAGCGACCAAGGGAUUCGGGCCCACGACUCUGACCACGCCAUCUAUGAAAUCUAGCAAGAAAUCUGUAUGUCAUUUUAGUCAGGAAAUUAAAGACUCUAAAUUAUUGGACUUGGAAAAUUUCAUAAUGCCAAAACGAUCAUUGUCAACAGAUGAACAAAUCUGUGAAGAUUGCUUUAAUGAAAAUACAAUUCGCUUAUCGUCUGGUAGAUUCCAAGAUAAGCUGUAUUUUUCAGUCGACUUUCAGAUCGAGCAGCCGUUCACAAAGAGAACGAUUCUUGCAGCAACAUGCAAAAUUUUUGACCCCCUAGGGAUGCUAAGCGCUUGUACGAUUGUUCCUAAAAUGCUGUUACAAAGGUUGUGGGAGUCUAAAAUGGACUGGGACGAUUUGGUGUCUGCCGAUGUAUCGAAAGAGUGGAGUGACUUUGCUAAUAAUUUAAAACAAAUAAAAGCUAUAAAUAUUCCACGCCACGUCUUGCAUCCAUCAUUGGACACUACAGUGUCAGUGGAAUUACACUGUUUUGUCGAUAGCUCUCAGAGUGCAUUUGCAGCAUGUGUAUUUUUACGUUGUACUGAUCAAAAGGACAACGUAUCAGUCAAGUUAUUAUGCGCCAAGGCUAGGGUUGCCCCCUUGAAUCCCAGUACCAUACCGCGGCUCGAACUGGCAGCGGCCCUGCUUGGUGCUCAGUUAAGUACAAAGAAUCGAGUAAAUGAAAUUCAUGAACUGACUGACAAAUCUUCCUGGCAUCACAUUUCUACGGAUAUUAACCCGGCAGACAUAGUUUCUCGAGGAGUCAGCCCUAGCAAGCUUCAAGAUUUAGAGUUAUGGUGGAGUGGCCCACCAUUUUUAAUGAAACCUAAAGCGGAGUGGCCAAGCGCUCCUAUAGAAAAUGUUGAGCUUCCGGAGCUCAAAAAAGAACAUGUCAUGGGCGCGGGCUGCGGGGCGCGGGCGGCGCGGCGCGAGCGGCGCGGCGCCGGGAACAAAACGACGGACAGACCUACAGCCACAGAACACUAA